CGCUGACAUUGGGGGGGGGGGCUCAAUCCCCGGGUUCACGCUCGAUGUGAAGUUCGUGUGACAGCGCCCCCUGCUCCGGCUGCCAAAGCACCGCGUCAUGGCCCUACGCGCUUACUCACCGCUUCCAAACGGUCCCGACCAGUCAAUUGGCCGGCCGCAGGCAGACAUCAAACCGGGAGCGUUAAGCCAUGAGGCAGUGUGGGAGCCGCUGGUGUGGUCCUCUGACGGUUGCGCUGGUAUUUGAUCCGAGGCCCGCCCCCUUUCCUCGUCCCCCGCGCUGCGCCGCUCCGCACACCCGGCGCACCAGCGGGCCAGUCCGGCUGCACGAGCGGCUCACUCGGACCUCGCCGACCCACGUUACACUGCGCCUGGAAAUAUAAUUAAGCGGGAGUCAAGCGGUCUCCGUCCCUCCGCGACUCGGUUUCCUGGGGAAUAAGAACCAAAGGACCAGCUGACCAGGGUGGUACCAGCCAGGCUGUGCCCAGAAAGAGGUGCCCUACCAGGGGUAAUGGAGGAGAUGAAGGAUUAGAGGAUAAUCCAGGAUGGUUCCAUGGUGCAACCGCAGAACCGUUUGCAGCUGGACCUAUUUCUGAGCUGAUGUCGACCAAGCCAAAACCCAAAGCAAGCCAGGCGACCUGACCACACUCCAACUGGCUCGGCUGCCUCCAGGAACACAACUGCAUAGUGUUCUCCUCAAUUUAUGCCUGUUUAAUUCAGCCAGCUAUGCAUAACAACGAGCUACAUAGAGUGGGACAGAGUUUGGCCUGCACAUGAUAAACAGAGAUAAUAAUCCAAUGAACUAUUUGGUGCUGCAGGCCCGGUGUUCAACUUUUCAGCUUUAGAAAUUACAUGGUUUCAAGAUCUUGGAAUAACCUUUCAGAGCUAUUUUUCAGGUCUGUACUUUGGACUGCUGAACUGUCCGUGAUUUUGCAUAAAUCUGAGACAAGAAAAGUUGAACUUUGCAGUCCAGUUUUGCCUUCUAGUCGGAUUAAAGGCAAUUUGAGACAUUGUUUCGUGUUGGUUUUUUAGUGGUGUUAAGCCAUUCGCCUCUUUUGACCAUGAAUCUUCAGGAAAAGCUGUCAGGCCUAAAAGGUCUGGUCUCACACUCCCACAGCAAGCGCCGCUUUAAAAGUGACCUCACAGUGGACAUGAUCAGCCCUCCUCUGGGUGACUUCCGCCACACCAUGCAUGUGGGCCGCGGCGGCGAUGUGUUCGGGGACACCUCCUUCCUCAGCAACCAUGGCGGGACAGCCAACGAGAACAACAGGGAAACAGAUUCGGUCUCCACCCCUGACAACAAGAUCGGAGCGUUCUUCUCCAGGACGCUCCGUCAAAUCAGGAGGGGCUCUGACAACCGACCCAGAGGAGGAUCCAAGGAUCUGUCACCGCCGCCUCCUGCCGUUUCUCCCAUCAUCAAGAACGCCAUCUCCCUCCCCAGGCUUGACGUGGAUAUGUCUAAUGGGAGUCCCACCACCAAAGUGCUCUUCCCCAGUUCUCAAAGUACGCCAGAGGAGAAGAAAAGCUCGUAUGGUCUGGAGUCUGGUUUCGUCACUCUGCCUCGUCUCUCCCGCUCUGAGCGUCAGCAGCCCUCCAUCUCCCUCCCCACUCCCUGCUCCCCUAACAUCCACCGAGGCUCUCUGACCGACCCCACCGAGGCCAUCUUGUCCACCUGCUCCAGCACAAUUGUAACCUCUGACCCAAAACCCAGCACCACUGCCUACUCCGACUCCCUCCCCUCGCUCACCUCGCUGGACACCUUCACCUUUGACCUCGGCCCCUCCCUCAUGAGCGAGGUAUUCGGCCUGAUCGAUGCCCCCCCGGAGGAGCACAGCCACAUCUGGGAGGGAGAGGAGGCGGGGUCAGCUUGCGGGCUUACCAAUGAAGGAUCGGAGAUGGACUCGGCCACUAUCUCGUACGUGGAUUCCCUGCUGAGGGAGGACUGUGGGGGCCGGAAGAGCCCACAUGCCGCCGACUGGGAAGAGGAGGACACAGUGUUGGAGGUGAACGGGGUCGGGCUUUCUGUUAAAGUACCUGAUGUGGUGAUGGGGUCUCCCGAACGAGUGAGGUUGGGGAUGGGGAUGGAAAGCGAGCGGUUCCAGAGUGCUACAGAUGUGCUCGCACGCCAUUAUGGCGUCAGCCUCUUAAAGGGACAGAGCAGGAUGGAGGCUGCAGAUUCAGAGAUGAUGAUGAUCAGCCAGCCCAAGAAGAAAUUGUCCUACAGUUACAUGGAUGACGAGGACGAAAUCAAAGUCUGAGCUGAACAAAUCAGAGAUGUUUCCACACUACACAAAAAAAAAAUGUUAUCUGAUGUAUGAUUCUUCUGUAAUUCCAAUCAAAUCACUCAUCGAAAAUCUUUUUAUGGUCAACAAGAAUGGCUCUGCUGACAGGAUGACCAUGAAAACUACAACCUGAAUCCAAUAUCCUUAAUACUGGAUCUUUAACUUUUAUACAGUUAUGCUCCAAGGAUGUACAGUUUUGAUGCAAACCUGUGGCUGAAUGUAUCUCAAAGGAGUGAAAGACGUGAUGCUGUAAGUUUCCAAGCUCAGCAAAGAAAGGGAGACUGCUUUUUUUUCCCCAAAGGUUGUGACUUAAAAAAGACUGAAACAAAAAGGAGGCGUUGAAAGUGAGGAUUUACCAGAGAAUGUGGUUAAGAUUGUGAGCGUUGCAGAGGAAACACCAACACUGCUCGAUGUCGAAGUUACAAAGCCUAUUCACUUUAUACUUUACACACUUCCUCACAUUAAAGGGGAAAAGAUUCUCGGUGCAAGCCCAGGUCUCUAAUGAGAAAACAGAAGAAGCAGGGAACAGAAAAAUAGAUAUAAUCUUAUUGCAACCUUUUUGCUUCACUACAAUCUCUUGUCAACUUCUCACUCAGGAAUACGCUACCAGGAAAGAAAAAGGGAAGAGAAGUAAUGAGAGAUCUGGAAUCUCAGGAUCAACCUCGUCAGACAAAGAUAAACCAGAGAAACACAAACAUCUCAGUUAUUAAAUUGCUCAGACUGAGGGAAUAUGACGAGUUAAUACUGGUAUUUGCCUGAACCGUAUAAUUGUUCAUUUUAUGCUGCAGAUCUUCUAUAUAGAUACUCCGUGCACCUUUUAUGAAUAUGAAGUCCGACUCCUGUAUUGCUUUUUAUAGAAGAAUUGUCAUUUAUGUUGUUUUAUACAAGUGUACAUGAAGAUAUCAACUGACCUCCUAUAAAUAUGUACUUACAGUAUGAGCACAUGCAGUACAUAGUGCAAUUCACAUCCAUAUGCUGCAGUCAAUACCAAUGAUAUAUUAUGAUG